AUGGAAGGAGAUUUGUUGGGCAUUUGUGGGUUUGAUUCUACGAAGAAAUAUCGAUUAGAACAACUUGCCAAGUAUCAAUCUGGUUCCUGUAUUGAGUUUGAAGAUGUUGAAGGAGAUUAUGACAUGGCAGUGGAUUAUCCGUGUCCAUUUUGCUCAGAUGAUUAUGAUUUAGUUGAACUGUGUCACCAUAUCGACGAGGAGCAUCAACUAGAUGCUGCUAACAAUGGGGUAAUUCCAAUUUAUAUAUAUAUCCAAAUUCAUUUACUAUUAGCCUUGGUUUGUGAUGUAGUUUAUCCGCAUUUGGGUUCCUUGACUGAAACUUACCUUGAACAAAAGCAGAGACUUCACAAGGAUGAGUCUUACUCAGCAUUUUCACCAGGGACGAAGAAGUAUUUACAGUCUCUAAUCGAUACAUCUAAAAGUGUUCCCGACUCAUUACUAUCAUUUGUCUACAACCCACCGUUACAAAACCAGCCCAAGCUCGUACUGCCUGAUCUAUCAAGUGGAGCAAACAUGGCAGACAAGUGCCUUAUCAGGGAUUCGACAGAAAAAGAACGGAAAUCGUUGUCUCCCUUGUCAGAUACUGAGCUAAUAGAGAAGGCAAAGAAGAGAGAGUUUGUACAAGGUUUGAUAUCAACAGCCAUGUUUAAUAACAUGGACGACUUCUGA